UAUAACGUGGCAGCAGACAGUUUAAAAACUUUGGACGAUGGUACUAUCAAACAGACAGUUCAUUUCAUAACACACUUAAUUCUUAUCACUGUAUGGACAAAAAAUUAAGAGUAAUACAGAUUGGACCUAACACUUCAAAAGAUAUUUUUUUGUAAACGAACAAUAGUUGGAAAAAAAUUUACAAUGUUGCAGAACUUGGAUUCAGAAAUGGCAAGAUUUUUUAUAAUCACCAUGGCAACUGUUUGUAGCCUGGGAACAGCUACAACAAAAAAUGUACACAUUUUACCAGGAGGCUGUGACUUUUAUGAGGAAGUUGAGGCAAGAUUUCCAUGUGGAGAGGAAGGAUACGUUAAUGCCAUUGGGAAAAAAAUCUGUGAUGAUAUGCAUAAAAAGGUCAUGAAGGUCCAACCUACCAGGGAGUACAAAGAACUUAAACUUUGGUUCGAUAAAACUAGGAUUUGUUUACAAACUGAGAUGUCAAAAAAGAUUAAAUCUGGAGAAACUGACUGUGAUGCUAUUAAAAAUAAUGGGGAGAGCCAUCACGUUAAAUGCAUAGUGGAGCCUGAACGCAAGGGAAAAUCCAGCGUAUGUAACCUAUCACCUGGAAAUGUUGAUGUAAUCUUGGAUACAGUGCUUCCAAUAAUUAACGCUACUUCGUUGAAAAGUCUCGACUCUAUUUCAAUAAUCACUAAAUGCUGGAUUAAAGAACCAGCUAAAAUGGUUGGAAUGGUUCAUCAACAGAUCCGACUACUGGAUACAACUAUAGGUAAACUGGGGAUCGGUUGUCUAAUACUGGUAGAGAGCAUUAUAGUUCUGACUGUGUUGUUGUGCUGUAAGAAGAUCUGUUGUUGGAGACGGACCCCUGAUCUUAUUAGUCCAAUAUACAUAAAGAAAUCAAACUGAGAACUAUUUAAAAAAUAAUUUCAUGUACAUAUACUGUGCAUACAAGACCAUUAUUGUAACAAACUUUGAAUCUUUUACAGCAGGAUUAUAAAAAGAAAUUCAACCCUCUUAUUUUGGAAUAUCUUUCUUAUUCUGUCUAAUAUGACAGAAUCUUCAUGAGUCUUCUUGUGAAUAUGGAUUAUUCAACAUUGCAAGAGUGACCAUUGUUUAUU